AUGACACCAGCACCUGGCUCACCAAAGGCACGUGCAAAGUCGCCAUUCCUUACCCCAUCUUCGAUACCCACACUUGCAAUACCUCCCACCGUUUAUGUUCCUUCACCACUCGGCGAUAAUUCUCUCACUGCUUUCCCAUUUCAUGGAAGAGAGAUUCCUGGAUUCUACGUCGUGAUUCCAGCAGGAGGUGCCGGAACGCGUUUGUGGCCACUUUCGCGAGAGGAUCAUCCCAAAUUCCUUCUCGACGUGAGUUUAUGCGGACGAUCUCUCCUUCAAGCGACAUGGGACCGUCUGUUGCCCCUUGCAACUGCUAUACGGACAACCGUUGUCGCUGGUCCUGCACAUUCGAGUGCCAUCCGGAACCAACUACCCGAGCUAAUUCCGACUAAUCUCUUCACGGAACCGGGUCCGAAAGACUCAAUGGCUGCAAUCGGUCUAGCAGCUGCAAUCCUUGCGCGUCGUGACCCGGAUGCAAUUAUCGGCUCGUUCGCGGCCGAUCAUAUCGUCCACGGUGAUGAUGCAUUCCUCUCCGCAGUCGCAGAAGCCGUGGAAGUCGCACGAGAGAACUAUCUCGUCACGAUUGGUAUUGCUCCGUCCCAUCCAGCAACCGGGUUCGGUUACGUUCGUCUCGGCGAACGUUUGCCCCUCCCAAAUGCACCGAACGCACGUCUCGUAGGGAGCUUCAAAGAGAAACCCGACGCUCGUACAGCUGCUACCUACCUCGCAACGGGCAACUACCGAUGGAAUGCCGGUAUGUUCGUCACGCGUGCAACCUUCCUCAUGGAGCUGCUCAAAGAGUACAAACCGGAAUUGCACGAUGGUUUGUCGCGUAUUGCUGCAUGUUGGGAUGAUGAGGGGUUGAGACAGACGGCAUUAGGCGAGGUUUGGGCUGCAUUGGAGAAGAUUCCGAUCGAUAAUGCUGUUGCGGAACCUGCUGCUGCACAGGGACGCGUUGCGGUUGUGCCCGCGACGUUUGGGUGGGAUGAUGUUGGAGAUUUCUCGUCGCUUUCGGAGAUGCUGCCUGCUGAGGCCAACCAGCCUAAGGUCUUGGGUGACCAACAUCUCGUCCUUACGGAACAAGUGGCUGGCGGGAUUGUCGUUCCCGGCUCAGGAAGGCUCGUUGCAUGUCUGGGUGUUGAUGACCUCGUCAUCGUAGACAUGCCGGACGCGCUGAUGGUCACGACACGUGCACGGUCUCAGGAAGUGAAGAGACUCGUGAAGAGAUGUAAGGACCAAGGGUGGAAGAAUCUCCUAUAG